AUCUAAACGGAUCUGGCAACGUAAUAAUUCUCAGCAUUAUUUACAUUUUGUAGUAUUUCAUUCUGUUUUGAUUUACAAACCAAGUUUUCGACAUAUUGAGUACUUAAUACUUAUAUCAAAUCAAAGCUCAAAUGUCUAAUUUGGAAUUAGAUAACGAAUCAAUCACCAAUAUCAAUGCCAACACGACAAUUCAGGAGCAAAUUCAAGAACUCACAAAACGUUUGCAAAAUGUCAAUGACGAUCUUCAUCAGCAAGUGCGCGAGAAACAUGACGCUUUACUACAGCAAGCAACGCACGCUGGAAGGUUUGAUGUUGCACUCAAUACAUUAGCCAGCGAUGUGGAACAAAUUCGGGGUACAGGUCAAAAAUUGAAAAGACAAAUUGAUACCCAGUACCAACAGGUCGACAAUCAAACGCGUAUUUUGGGUCGUUUGCAUGAGUUGUCGCACCUUCUACGUUCGACUGGUACAUUACUUUCACUGACAGCAAAAUUGCGUUCAACAAAGGAUGUUCUCAAGCAAGCAGAACUCCAUUUUGAGCUGGGACAAUUGUUUGAUGACGAAGAUUUGAAAAAAAUUGAUUUUGUUCAAAAUGCUCGAACUGAGGUUAUAAGCUCUCGACAAAAAUUAAGAAACCUGACACAGAUGCAACUUGUAACUGGUCUGCAGGAGCGAAAUGAGGCACUUGUAAUUAAUUCUCUAAAGAUUGUUAAAAACUUCAACUUACUGCAAAAUUCCUUAGAUAACUUAGUAGCAACUUUCAUAUCCGACUUAGAACAAUCACUUAAAGAAUGUUUUGCUGGCACUGAUAUUACCAUAUUGAGCAAGAGUGGACCUAGUAACAACGUUUCGCCCAAACCUAGUAGUACUAUUCGUGGUCCCGGGAAAACUCCUAUGCUUACCACAACUCAAAAUUUCAGAGCAAAAUUUUGGAAAUCACUACAUUGGUUAUUAUACGAAGAGCUCUAUGAAAGUUGCGAACAAGUGAAUUUGUUGAAACGCGCUUUGGAUCAAAUUCGACAAUUUGGCUUCGAUGCUGCAGAAAUAUAUAAUGUGCACGACCAUUUCUGGCAUGCCGUGCAAGAGCUAUUUCGUAAAUCCUUUUCCGAGUGUCCAGUUCACGUUACGCAGACUUUGCAAGAAGGUUUAGCAAAGUUAUUGAGUUCGGCACGUGGUUUUGAGCAGCGUUUGAAUGGUGAAUUUCUAUUCGAUAAUGAGAUGUUCUCUUCAUUGGAAAUAGGCUAUAUAAGCAAAUGCGCUGCAAAUAUGAAAGCUUGCCUGGCUGGCGUUGACUUACCGUCCAAUGAAACGGUUGAUGCAUUUAUAAGAGUUGCCUCUACAGAAUUAAGUGCUGCUUUAAUAGAUGCACGCUUGACAAAUUCAGUUGGAGCUGUUUUUAUAGCUUGCGGCAAAGAAUUAUGCACUAAAUUGGAAUCACAAAUAAAAUUGGGACCUGAUUCCAAACAAGUGGUUGACAUUCCAAACUUUCAGCAAACUCAGAAUGUGAUACUGGCAAAUAUUUUGUAUUACUAUAAAGAUUCCGUGCGUCGCAUGUUAGCCGACAUGAGAGUACAUUUUUCUAAAUCAAAAUCUUCUGCACACCACGAUAUUUUAAAAGCGCUGGAGCAGACGAAUAUAUUAAUUGGCACUAUUCUACAACAGAUUGUGGAUUCGAUAUUGUCAACAAUUAGUAUUAUACUGCUUAGCAUGCAUCGUGAACCCGGACUUAGUUCUGAAAAAAUAUCUACCGCCGGCCCUUCAAUGUACAUGAAGGAAUUGCAGGAAUUUAUAAGUCGCGUUUGGCUGAAUCAUAUCGGUCCUUUCGAAGACAAAGAGCUGGUGACGAAAUGCGGACAUGAAGUGGCUAAACGUUGCAUAGAGCUCUUUGUACACAAUAUGAGCAUAUUACGUCCAAUCAGCGAUGUCGGACGUCAACGUUUAAAAAAUGAUUGCAACCACAUGGAACACGCACUUAAACCGAUUUGUGCUAAUUUGCCAGAUUUGGGAAAUUCCGCACGCUUACUACGUGCGAUGUCGUUCUUAAUUGUUCAACCGCCGCAAGAAUUGGUGAAGCAAAGUGUCGGUAAUGAUUCACUAGUGCCCAGCUAUAUUGUGUUGUUUUUAUUAUUCGGUCAUGCUAGCGCCGAUCUGCAGAGUCCGCAUACAACUGCGAAUUGGUCGAACGAACGUCUGUUGGAGUGGUUAGACGGGCAUACAUCCGACCGUGAAAAGCUAGAAUUAAUAUCAGGUGCAUUACAACGUUACCGCGAUCAAGUGCGCAGGAAAAAGAGUGAACAGUAUGAUGCUGUCUAUCCGCUAAUGGUUGAAUUUUUUGAAAAGAGUUUAAAAUCGUAAUAUCAUUGUGUAGUGCGCCUCUUCAAUUUGGUAAUUCUAUUUCAAAUGUUUAUUCUAUUCUAAUUGUUACGUUAAUUUAAUAUAUUGCAUAAAGGCAUGACUAAAAAUAUAACCAAGUUUUUGAAAAACAAAAACAUUA